AUGGAUGGCUUUGGCCACUUGUCCCCACCGCCGUGCAGGGAGGCCCCGGAGCCACGGCGUCCCAGAGUUCGCGCGUCGUCUGCGCGGUCGAGGAGGCCGGGGGCGCCCCUGGACCCCACACUGUGCUGUUGGACCAAGACUGGGGUGACGGAUCAGAGCGAGGAGGCCCCGUCCUGGUCUGCCCGGCGCCGUUCACCCUCCAGCCAGCGGCCUCGGCGGCGCCGCCGCUCCCACGUCUCGCCCAGGGAGAGUCACAGCUUCACCGACUUGUCCCGGAGGCCGUCGGCGGAGCGCGCCAAGAAGCACCGCGCCUGCAGCCGGCGCAUGGACGAUGCCUGGCGGGAGACGAGGCCCAGGCCGCCGUUGCCGCAGGGCAGCCAGCACAGCCCCUCUUGGCUCUCCCCUAGCCAGCUGCGAUCCCAGCAACCGCAGCCCUGCCCCAAGUAUACCCGAGUCCCCAGAGAUUCGCCCUCUCCACCAGGCCCCGAAGCCUCUUACACCUCCUUGACCGGCGCCUUGGAGGCAGAAAAGAAGCCCGGUGGGGAUAAGUGGGCAGUGCGAGUCUGCAGAGGUCUGGAUCGCUGUUCUCUUUCCUCCAUCCUCACCGACAAGUCUUCUGCACCCUCCCAGGAGGGCAGAGUGCUCCCCGCUUUUGAGUGCUCCCGGAAAAGAGCGUCAACAGACAGCCAAUGCUCUCAGCAUUCCAUGUCCAGCAAGGACACGCAGGUCCUCAAGAGUCAGCUGGAAGAGGCCAUCGUAUCCUCGAGGGAUGAGAAGAUUGUGGCCCUGGUGCUCAGCCGGCUCAAGAAGGCCCAGAAGAUGCGCGAGCUGCAGCAGCAGACGGCAGUAGCAUGGGAGGAACUGAAAGCUUCGGACCACCAGGUCCAGAAGACACUGGAGAAGGAGCGGCAGCUAUUGCUGCAGCAGAGCCAAGAUCAGUGGCAGCGUGCAAAGGAGCCGCGCAAGGCUUUGCUCAAGCGGGAAACGCGUAAGCUGAGCAGGGCCAGCGCCCAAGACCUGCUGAGACCACCCAAUGAAAAGUUGGGCAGGACCAGCACCCAGAACCUGGUGAGCCAGCGGCUGGAACAGCUGCAGAGGAACCGCAGCCUGGCGGAGCAUAGGAAGCUUUGCCAAGAGCAGCGCUUGCAGGAGCAAGAGAAAAUGCUGCAGGGCGUUCGCGAGUUCAGCAACCUGCAGCUACAAACGAGGCUAGAGCAGGCCAGUCAGAGGAAAAACCUGUACACGUUGGAGGGGCAAAAGAAGCUACAGGAAACCAAUACCAGUUCCCUGGUCAACUACCAGGCCCGGAAGGUCCUCAUGGACUGCCAGGCCAAAGCAGAGGAGUUGCUCAGGAAGCUGUCCCUGGAACAAAGUUGCCAGAGGUCCCAAGACCUCCAUCGGAACCUGAUGAAGGAGCGUCAAAGAGAGCUGCAGGAGAGAGUCCAGAGGGAGGAGGAACAGUUCCAACAGGUCAAAUGUCGCGCCCAGGAGUUUGAGGACCAAAAGAAGGCUCAGAAGCAACUGCUGAUGGAGCUGGCCAACCAGAAGAUCCGCCGGGCCCGGACCACGGUGCAUAGAAACAUCCAGAACAAAGCACAGCAUGUUCGUGAUCUCAACAUCCAGCGGGAGAAGAACCACCACGUCCUGAAGCUGAAAGCCGAGAAGGAGGAGAAGUGCCACAUUGAGGGUAUCAAGGAAGCCAUUCGGAAAAAGGAACAGAAGAUAGAGCAGAUCUCCCGACAGAAAGAGGCCGCCUUGGAACAGCUGCAAAGGAGCUCAAAGGCCCUGCGGAGAGAAGGAGACAGCACUGCUCAACGCUGUAGCUUCUUUAGCCCAAAGGUGCAGGAGACACAGUUAUGUGCUUGUCAGCAUAGAGACUACUGA